CGCAGCCUCGUCGUCUUCAUCCAACUUUGGCGCCUCGCAAACCCACACAUCGCCAAUCCCACGAGUCUCGCAGGCGACCACAAAUACUCCUAGGCCCGACGCCAUCAGCGAUUGCUCAACCGCAAUCAUGCCAAAAUUCUUCUGCGACUAUUGCGAUGUCUACCUGACACACGACUCGAUGAGCGUCCGCAAGGCGCACAACAGCGGCCGGAACCACCUUCGCAACGUCGUCGACUACUACCAGCAAAUCGGCCACGAAAAGGCCCAGUCCGUCAUCGACAGCAUCACCUCGUCCUACGCCGCCGAGGGCCAGGCCCACGCCAACCCAAUGCUCCCGCACAACCAGCCCGGCGGCGGCGGCCAUCACCAUCUUGGCGCGCCCGGCGGUGGCGCCUUCCCGCCGCCCGCCUUUGGCGGUUUCCCCGGAGGCAUGCCUCCUCCGUUCCCCGGAAUGCCUGGUCUGCCGCCACCACCACCCGGCGGCUUCCCCCAGGGCCUACCUCCUCUCCCAGGACAAGCCGGACGCGGUGGAAUGCCGCCGUUCCCUCCUCCCGGCCCCAACGGCAUGCCGCCCUUGCCCUUCCCACCGCCCGGAGGUCUGCCCUUCCCGCCGCCUGGUGCCAACGGCGCGCCGCCCCCGUUCCCGUUCCCCGGCAUGCCGCCGCCUGGUCAGGGCUUUCCUGGCGGCCUGCCCCCGCCGGGUGCUUUCCCUCCUCUUGGUGGUCCCCCGGGUCAGGGUCCUCCUGGUAGGUAAGACUCGCCUAUCUUGUCUCCAGGCGAGUCUCCAGGCGACAUUAUCAAAAUCAUCAGCCACAAGAUCGCUCCGGACGGGUGUUACACCUCGAUAUGAU